GCAACCUAAAACUAGUAUAAGCAAACCCUGAAAGGGAUAGUGAGAGUGAGAGUGUGAGAAAAUGUCGAACCCUCAAAGCCAGAAGCCAUGGAAAGCAGAGUACGCGAAAUCAGGACGAUCGUCAUGCAGAAGCUGCAAGACUCCCAUUGCCACCGAGAAACUCCGUCUCGGCAAGAUGGUUCAAUCCUCCAAAUUCGACGGCCUCAUGCCCAUGUGGAAUCAUGCGGAAUGCAUAUUGAAGAAACCCAAACAGAUAAAAUCAGUUGAUGAUGUUGAAAACUUAGAGUCGCUUCGUUGGGAAGAUCAACAGAAUAUCAGAAAAUACAUAGAGAGCAGCGGCGGCGGCAGCGGCGGCGGCAGCGGCGGGAACACCCCUGCAAAGUCGAAUGCUGGCAAAAAUGUUGAAUAUGGUAUUGAGGUUUCACAAACUUCACGUGCCACUUGCAAGCCUUGUGGUCAAAAAAUUAUCAAAGGAGAGGUUCGCAUAUCUACUAAGCCUGAUGGUCAAGGUCCUAGGGGUUUGGCUUGGCACCAUGCCAAGUGUCUCUUGGAACUAUCUCCAUCAAUUGAAGUCGAUAGUUUGUCUGGAUGGAAUAGUCUCUCAUCUUCUGAUCAAUCAGCUCUCAGUGAUUUGGUUAUGAAGGGCCGUCCUACUAAUAAGGGAGGUGGUAGUGGUACAAAAGUAGAGGUUGAAGAGGUUAAAGAAUCAACAAAACAAUCCUCUUCCAAAGGUGGCACAAAACGGGGGAAAGAGGCUGAGGGUGAGCAGAAGUCAAAAGCUGCUAAGGUCAAGGGAGAUGUGUCUGUGGGCAGGGUAGCGGCCAUGAAAAAUGCUGAUGACUCGGGGGAGGCAUCUGAUCUUGAGAAAAGACUGGAGGCCCAGAGCAAAGAACUCUGGGAUCUAAAGGAUGAUCUUAAAAAGCACGUGACAACAGCAGAGUUGCGUGAAAUGCUGGAAACCAACGGUCAAGAUUCAACUGGAUCAGAGCUUGAUUUGCGCGAUCGCUGUGCUGAUGGAAUGAUGUUUGGAGGACUUUCUCAUUGCUCAUUAUGUUCUGGUUUUUUGCGUUAUUCUGGAGGAAUGUACCGGUGCACUGGAUUCAUUUCUGAGUGGAGUAAAUGUUCAAACUCUACCUGUGAACCAAAACGUACUGAAGGGAAGUGGAGAAUCCCAAAGGAAACAGAUAAUCAGUACCUUAAAAAGUGGUUCAAAUCUCAAAAAGGGAAGAAACCAAUUAGGAUAAUGCCUCCGCCGUCGUCAAGGACUUCUGCUGAAAGUCAAAUUUCUGCAGGCCAGCAUCAAUCAUCGCACAGUGAAAGUUUGGCAGAUUUGAAAGUUGCCAUCUCUGGAUUACCUAAAGAUUCCUUUGAAGACUGGAAACGCAAGAUUGAUGGUGUGGGUGGAGUGCUUCAUGCAAAAGUGAAGAAAGAUACUAACUGCUUGGUGGUCAGUGGAGCACUUAAGGAUGAAGCUGAGAUGCGGAAAGCAAGGAGGAUGAAAAUACCAAUAGUCAGAGAGGACUAUUUGGUUGACUGUAUGGAAAGAAAGAAAAAACUUCCAUUUGAUAUGUACAAAGUUGAAAUGAUUGGUGAGGCUUCUAGUAUGGUCACCAUCAAAGUGAAGGGGCACAGUGCCGUUCAUGAUGCUUCUGGCCUACAGGAUUCUGGCCACAUACUAGAGGAAGGGAAAAGCAUAUAUAAUACAACUUUGAAUAUGUCUGAUUUGUCUACUGGUGUUAACAGCUACUACAUCCUUCAAAUAAUUGAAGAAGAUAAAGGGUCAGAUUGUUAUGUGUUUCGAAAAUGGGGUCGAGUGGGAAAUGAGAAGAUUGGAGGAUUCAAACUGGAGGAAAUGUCAAAAUCUGACGCAAUAAGAGAAUUCAAACGACUAUUCUUUGAGAAAACUGGAAACCCUUGGGAGGCAUGGGAACAAAAGACUAUUCAGAAGCAACCUGGAAGAUUCUUCCCCUUGGAAAUUGAUUAUGGAGUUAACAAACAAGUCUCAAAAAAGAAUAAAAAUAAUGCAGAUAGCAAACUACCCCCUCCAUUAAUAGAAUUGAUGAAGAUUCUCUUUAAUGUGGAAACAUACAGAGCUGCCAUGAUGGAAUUUGAGAUCAAUAUGUCCGAAAUGCCACUUGGGAAACUGAGCAAAAGUAAUAUACAAAAGGGGUUUGAAGCAUUAACAGAUAUUCAAAAUCUUUUUAAAAUUAGCAAUCCUGAUCCAUCAGCCAGGGAAAGCUUGCUUAUUGAUGCCAGUAAUCGGUUCUUCACUAUGAUCCCUUCCAUUCAUCCACAUAUUAUUAGGGACGAGGAUGAUUUUAAGUCAAAGGUGAAAAUGUUAGAAGCCCUUCAAGACAUUGAAAUAGCCUCAAGAUUAGUUGGAUUUGAUGCCAACAAUGACGACUCCAUUGAUGAUAAUUAUAAGAAGCUCCAUUGUGGUAUAUCUCCACUUCCUCAUGACAGUGAAGAUUUUCGAUUAGUUGAGAAGUAUCUACAUACUACUCAUGCCCCAACACAUGUGGACUGGAGUCUUGAGCUAGAAGAAGUUUUUUCACUUGAAAGAGAAGGAGAAUUUGAUAAGUUUGCACCUUAUAGGGACAAACUUGGUAACAGAAUGCUCUUAUGGCAUGGUUCUAGGUUGACAAACUUUGUGGGCAUUCUUAACCAAGGACUCAGAAUUGCACCUCCUGAAGCUCCUGCAACUGGCUAUAUGUUUGGCAAAGGGAUUUACUUUGCUGACCUGGUCAGCAAGAGUGCUCAGUAUUGCUACACUGAUAAGAAAAAUCCUGUUGGUCUAAUGCUUUUGAGUGAAGUUGCUCUUGGAAAUGUCUAUGAGCUCAAAAAAGCUAAGUAUAUGGAUAAACCUCCAGAAGGAAAGCAUUCUACAAAAGGAUUGGGCAAAAAAAUGCCCCUUGAAUCGGAAUAUGUAAAGUGGAGAGGUGAUGUCGUUGUUCCUUGUGGGAAACCAGUGUCAUCAAAUGUCAAGGCAUCUGAGCUCAUGUACAAUGAGUUUAUUGUCUAUAAUACUGCUCAAGUUAAACUGCAAUUCUUGUUAAAGGUGAGGUUCCAUCACAAGAAAUGAGGGUUGGAACUAGAGGUGUGCUGUUUUGGGGUAUCAUCUGUAUGAAGCAGUUUUUUUUACCAGGACUUGUACAUACUCCAUGUGGAAUUCUUGUAAAUUCUCUUGAUAAGGUCUCAUUUUGAGUUGACUGGAGAUCUUUCAUUGUUUGUUUUGGGGGUUUGUUAGUGCAGGGAUCUAGUUGAAGCUCGUCUCUUAGAGCAGAAAUCUCAUGCCAGAUCUAGUUGUGUAUACAUAGAACCACCAGUUUAAUAUCAAACUUGUUAUCAACUUCUUCCCUUUCCAUAUUGCAUUUCAACUUGCAU